UACGUUUGUCUAUUUUGCCGCUUGGUGUUGCAAAUGCAAAGUGUUGCAAAGAGAAUUCGCAGUUAUUCGAGUUUCUAGUUAAAUUGCUUGUGAUAUUUUCGGUGUUAUCCCUUUUAGAUCAUUCAAUAAUCGCACAGCCAAGUUGUCUGAAGUCUCCAUUUCUCCAUGUUUGCAGAGAAAGGACAGGAAUAUCAAAAUUGGGGGUUCCAUGUUUCAAGGAAACUGAAACGGACCUGGACCGGGUCCAAUGCCCACUGCAAGUUGUGACGGUCCCUACCUAAUGGAAGCACCAGUUUGUCGUUUUUCAGCUAUUUGGGCUGUGUGGAUCGAGUUACCAGAGAGCUAUCUAUCGGAAGAAUUACAACACAUGUUGCGCUUUGAAGGUAGUUGUUAGAUUGGUGAAAAUCAUGGAUCGGCCAACUGUUGAGAACUGGUUGAGGACGCUAUUCCUUGGCCAGUAUUCUGAAUCAUUUUUGGACAAUGGAUAUGAUGAGCUUGAAAUUUGUAAGCAGAUUGGUGAACAGGAUCUUGAUGCUGUGGGUGUAUUCAAUCCAACUCAUCGAUUUAAAAUCUUGGAAGCAGUUAGGAAGCUGAGAGAAGAGGGAGCAACUGCAGUUUAUUUUACAGUUGAAGAAGUGUUGAAGUCUGGAGAGUGUAAAUGUGGUAUUGAGAAGGCAAUGAGAAUACCUCCCUCUCAUGCAUCCAAGUAUAUUCCUCAAAAAGCAUGUCAUUUCUGUACAUCAAACUCUGAGAGCAUGAGCACAUGCAGCAGUCCACCAGAACCAAAGACUCCAUUGCCAGAGCUGAAGAGACUGCCUGCUCAGAAAUUGAGGCAGAUGCUUCAGAAUAAAUUGGUUAUUGAUGGCAUCAAGCUUUACAAUUCACCAUACUCUACAAAGGAUGGCAGGACUGGCUACCUGAAUGGUCUGGCAUCUCGCUAUGCAGAUGAUGUUCAGACCCACUACCAGGAUGUUCUUCAGCAGCUGGAUGUGCUGCGGCAGCAGGCGUGGCAGCAGGUGAUGGAGGGCGACGGCAGGUCCGGACCUGGCUCUCCACCGACCCUCGCGCCUCCACCGCCCCCAGUUCAGCAGCAGCAGCAGCAGCCAGACCUGACUCAGUCCGUUCAGCCCAUCUACCAGCCAGGCCAGUACUUGCCAUCCAGCUGCCUCAGCGACAAUGACGAGGAUGAGAUCUACGGCUUCGGGUACGGCCUGUACGACCCCCGCGCGGUGGAGUCGCAGCACAGCCGCAGGCAGGGGUCCCGGUCGCGCUCACCGGCCUACGCAGUACCGCAGGACGGCUCCGACGGGGACGCUCGGCGCGCUGCCCUACCGGCUGGCGCUACCCUGGGUGCCGCCAACGGCAAAAAGCGGGGCCGCCUCGGCCGGCUGUUCCGCACGCUCAAAAUCAACCGGCACCACAACUUCCCCAAGCUGGGACGGACCAAGGGCGGCCGCACGCUGGCGGGAACUGCCGGCCCGGUGCUGCUGCCACCAUCGUCACAUUACGCACCUUCGGGUUCCAUCUACCGCCAACAGAUGUCGUCCGGGCGCACCAUCGAGGAAGGAGUGCAAAUGUUCAAGGAGCUGGAGCGGGAGCGACUGCAGCAGCGCAGGAUGGAGGAGGCCGGCUCCUCGGUGGCGAUGCUGCGUGACCUGAGGUCGGGUGUGCGGGACGACGACAGGUCACCGAGUCGAGGUGCCACCGGCGGAUCGUCGCUCUACGGCCAAUCAGAUGAGUUUUGGCGCGGCGGCGGCUCGGGCUCCGGCUCAGCAGUGGCGGUGGUGGCGCGCCCGUGGUUCGACCAGUCGCCAGACAGUGACACUGAGGAGUACCUGUUGGACAACUCGCUGAGGGACCAGCUGGUGCCGGCCAGCCCGGCGCGCUGUGACGAUGACGUGGUCUCUCUGCGGACAGCCGGGGACAUUAGCCUGCCGCGGUACGGCAGUCCGCCGGCAGCCGCCGCCGCCACCGCCACAGACCCCAGGUACUAUCAGAACAUCGGCUUUGUGAUGUCGCCGGCCGGUGAGCUGCAGCGGUACUACGGCCGACCGAUGGCCCCCGGUGUGGGCGGAGGGAGGCCCCCGCAGCCGGACCAGGCUGCUCUGUUGGCCGGGGUGGCCGGACUGAGUGUUCAGGGCGCGGCGACCAGCCCCACGGCGGCGGCAGCGGCAGGGGCGGCGCCCGCACAACUGGUAACGGGUGGCGGCCAGUAGCCCGGCGGCUCCGUCUCCUGCCGGUAGGAGUGUGAGCCGCGCGUGUAUUUGUAGCGGGGAUGGCUGUGCUUGGGGCUCCGAAGAGUGCCACGUGGCUCGUCGGCGGGGCUCUGCCGUGUGCGGGCGGACCGCCGACGCUCCCAUGUCGCCGUCGACGCGCGGUGGCCCGUUCGUCCACUGUAUGUGCGUGGGAUGCUCUCUGCCAAACGACCGUGCUGGCAAUCCCAGAUCUCAGAGCGCGGUGCUGACUCGGUGACGUAGUUGCUCAUGACAGACAGCGAAGGCGUGCCUGGGUGCGCGUCCCUGCGCCCACUGUCCUGGGCGAGCUCCGCCCGCCGGGCCGGGGCGUCGUGUAUUGUACAUAGAAUGAACGGCGUGCUGCCGUCGUCCGCAGCCUGUUAGCCGGGCAGUCUGUUUUGUAGACGCCGCUGUUCGGCUCGACUGCUGUUAUCUCCGCUGUAUUCACGCCGUUUUUGGAGAGCUGUUGGUGAACAUUGUGCUGGGGAAGUGUUAUUCGCUCUGUUCAGAGAACGCUAGGCACGCGCGUUAUGUAUUAGUUUGCAAUUUCUCCAUGACAUGUUUGGCUCCUAUGGCUUCAGGAGCGAAUACCUCAUCUGGUCCACACCAGAUCACACUCUAAGUCCCGCUAACCUGGUACAAAUGUCUUUAUGCACGAUUCUUCACUGACUCCGAAUCUCAACUCCCAGUGCUAAUGAUUUCAUUUGGCUCAUGAGUGUAAACGAAUAUGCAAAAAAGUGUAAUAAUCUCAACUGCUUGUUCCGUCCUGAAUUGAAAACGUCCACAGCAAGAUCCAUCCAUAAUACUUCAUAAUGAGCAUAAAACGUCUCCAUUUCGACCACUUUGCAUAAACUCACUCCAUACAAUAUAUGCCAAAGGUGAAGCAACACCCUCCCUAUUUCAUCCGUCCUGUCUCUGGCCUUUCUCACUCUCUCCAUAGCCUGCCUUCCAUUUAAUCUCCGUAACGCUAUCGUCGGUCGUCCCGACUGCCCUCUGGCCCGACCUGACCUGACCUGACCUGACCUGACCCCACCGUCUCACCGACGACACUCCACAGUACAACGAUUCGCGCCGGCGUGGGUCGGCCGCCGCCUCGUGCGGGACAGAAUAUGCGGUGCUUAUUUUUAUACCGGUGUGUGUACGACGUUGUGCGUGUGUGUCGUGCUCGUGGGAUCGCGGCCGCCGCCGUCGUGUGUGGCCCACCCGCGGCGCACUGUGGCGAGUGGUGUCCCCUGGGACAGACCGGAGCCUGGUGCUGCCCGGUGGGGCCCAGAUUGUACCUGUGACUGCGCCCAUCGCCGGCCAGUCCUAAAUAAAGACCGCAGCUGCC